GGGGAGCGUCUGAGCCACGCGGUGGGCUGUGCCUUCGCUGCCUGUCUGGAGAGGAAACAGAGGAGAGAGAAGGAGUGUGGUGUCACGGCAACCUUCGACGCCAACAGAACCACCUUCACCAGGGAGGGCUCGUUCCGAGUUACCACGGCGACGGAAGCCGCGGAGCGAGAAGAGGCCAUGAGGCAGUUGCAGGACAAGAAAGCGGAGAGUGAUGUCAAGUCCGCAAUGCCUCUCUCCUCGGGCCCCAGCGUGGGUGUGGUGAACCUGGCUGUGGCCCCUCUACCAGGGCCCCCGUCCCCCUCCUCCUCCCCUCCCCUGGGCAUGGAGAGCACCCAGGGCCCCCAGGUUAUCCCCCGCKGACACGCRCCAGUGGAGGCCCUGGCCAGACAGGGUUCCUUCAGAGGGUUCCCUGCCCUCAACAACAACUCUUCUCCRUUCAAACGGCAGCUGUCCCUCAGGAUGAACGAUCUGCCCUCUACCACGCAGAGGAAGUCUGACUUCCCCAUGAAGAACACGGUCCCGGAGAUGGAGGGAGASGGGGACAGCAUCAGCUCGUUGUGUACCCAGAUCGCCUCAGCCUUCAGUGGGCCUCCUGAAGACCCCUUCUCCCAGGCCCCCAUGCCCCGACCAGCUUCCUCCCCACAGUCACCUGUAGCGCCCCCAGGGGCUCAGACAGGGAACGGUACCGGUCCUGCCUUUCCUCCUGCUGCUGUUGCUGCUGCUAACUCUCCAGCACUGCCCCCUCCACUACCUGCUCGAGACACUAACCCCUGGGCCAAGACCCCAAGCCCCCACUGCCAAGCAGGGCAACAUACCUCCUCCGCCUCUUCCUCCACACACCCAGGAGGUGAUUGGACAACCCCAGUGAUUGUAGCUCCACCRUCCACCACGGCGUCCCCAUCGCACCUAUCCCACCGCCGCACGCCGUCAGAGGCUGACCGCUGGCUCGAGGAGGUCACCAAGUCUAUCUGCGCUCUGCAGCCCGCGUCCACACCCCCCUUCCAACAGUUCCUCACCCCCAACCCCCCAGCCUUGUCCACCAUCCCAACCCAGGCAUUCUCAACCACAUUACCCACAGGCCAGCCCUUCUCUGCCCCCAUGCCUGUGCCAUCUGUUGCUCCUGUGGCCUUCAUGUCCUCCCUGCCCCCUCGCCAGCCUGCCUACCCAAUGUCCAACGGGCUGCCCUAUGCCCACCCCAGUGUGCCCGUGGUGGGCAUCACUUCCUCUCAGAUGGUAGCCUAUUUGUUUGGUUCAACCCCCCAGCCCCAGGCGUACCCCGUCCCCCAGUAUGAUCCUUACAACAACCCCCACCACCAGCCCUCUAUGCCCCUGCCUGUCCACCUCCAGCCACCCAAUGGGAGUGUAGCCUUCAAUGGGGGCAGAGCCGACAGCUGGGCCCCUCCCUUCCUGCCCCCUCAGUCCUCCCCGGCCCCGCCCCCGCAGCUCCAACCCGCGGCCGACCCCUUCGAGGCCAAGUGGGCCUCCCUGGAGAGUCGGUCCCGCCAGCACACCACGCCGUCGCCCACUAACCCCUUCUCCUCCGAGCUCCACACAACCUUUGAGAUCCAGCUCUAGAGACUGAGGA